UUUUACAGCAGAAACGUCAAUAUUCUGAGACCUUCGGUUGGUGGCUGCAGUUUGGAGAACAUCAUGGCGUCAGGAAAAGAGGAUUCGUCCGGUGGACACGACGCCGAACUGGACGAACUGUUGGACAGUGCUUUGGACGACUUCGACAAAGCGUCUGCUCCUCCAGCACCUGAACCUGCAACUGCUUCCUCCUCUGCCAGCGCCAGCUCAGAGAAGCCCCCCCCGCUAGAGGACAGCAAACUCUUUGAGAGUCUGUUUGAAGGGGACAUGGCUUCCCAGGCCCGGGAGGAGUGGGAGAAGGCCAUGACAGAGCUGGCCCAAGAGGAGCCAGAACUGCUUCAGCACUUUCAAAAACUAUCAGAGGCUGCAGGAAAAGUUGGUACCGACACUGCCUCCCAACAAGAGUUCACUUCCUGUCUUAAAGAUACCCUUCGUGGCCUUGCAAAAAAUGCGGACAACCUGCAGUCCACUGGACUCGCUGGAGAUGACCUGGUCAAAACACUUGAAGGCUUGGGGUUGGAUGAAGGCAGCGAAGGAGGUGGUGAGGAUGGCAACAUCCUGCCCAUCAUGCAGUCCAUCAUGCAGAACCUUCUCUCAAAGGAAGUGCUUUAUCCAUCUCUCAAAGAGAUCACCACCAAGUACCCAGAGUGGCUGGACGCCAAUAAGCCAAGCCUCAGCACAGAGGACUACCAGCGCUACGAGCAGCAGGCCAAAAUUAUGGGAGAGAUCUGUAAGCUGUUUGAGAAAGAAGACGAGCGGGCCGAAGAUAAGGAGCGAACAUUUGAGAGUGUCAUGGACCUGAUGCAAAAGCUGCAAGACCUUGGCCAGCCACCCAAAGAGUUGGCAGGGGAUACUCCUCCCGGCUUUAACUUUGACAUGGAGUCUCUGAACCUCCCCGGAGGCCCUGGGGCCGGGGCAGCAGAGCAGUGCUCCGUCAUGUGAGGCGGCGCGGUCCAUCAGAACUUCUGGAGUCGAACUGCCGCUCUGAGUUUGUCAGCUAAAAAGAGGGGUGACAGAGUGAAGCAGAGGUCAGGCAGCAGGGUGACCAAACACGGUUCUGCUUUUACAAUGAAGGAGUGUGCACACGAGAGGAGCCACGAAAACAGCAGGACAACACACUCAAACACACUGUCAUCUCUGUAAAAUCACUGAACGCACAACAGAGAACAUCUCUUCUUCUCUGCCGUAGCUUGUCAGCGUUUGCCACAUCUCCACGGUUCAUUUUAACAGCAUAGAAAAAAACGACCACUGUGUUUUUACAUACCGUUUAGCCUCAUGGCAAACUCUAUCGAGCCACUUCACGGGUUGGAACGGUGCCUUUUCACUUUAAAUGAGUUUAAAUUAUUGUUUUAAAUUAACAUUCUGUGCAGCACUUCAGAUUAUACUUUUAAAAUAACAUCGAUUUGCAAAGUCAUCCUAGGUUUACAAGCAGCAAAUCUUGUUUGUGUGGGGGUGUUAAACAAAUUGUAAUAUCUGUACAGGGCUAGAUUAAAACUUUGAUAAGACGAUUAUUAACAAACUGGAAACAGAUGAGUGUAUGUUUGCCAAUUAAGUUAAAAAAAAAGAACUGAGAUAAGAUGGUGAUUUGUCCAGCUUCAGUCCCUUUAAUGACCCUUUCCCAAAAUCUUAGUCUCCAUUCCCAACUAAUUAUUUGAAGUGAUGUAUGUUUUGGCCUCUGGAUGCCUCUGCUGUGGUAACGGUGAUCAUUACAGUCUUGAAUUCAUGUGCUAAGUGCUUCCUGUGUGAGUGUGUUCAAUGUACAGUGGUGGUUCCUUUUGGUUUGGAGUCCCGGCGUGAGCCCCAAACACCACGCUGUUUCCAGAAGAAGUAGCAGAGUGGCAAACAUCACAGUGUGUCCCAAACAUGUCUGAAUCCUGCUGGGUAACAACAACAGACUGAUGUUUGCGCUUUUUGCCGGUGAUGCUGGGUUUGUUUACCACAGCGACCAUUUUGUGGGCGGACAAAAGUUUGCCAGUGUUAUGGUGUGGAGAGGUCCAGAAAUGACACGACCAUCAGCCCAUCAGCAAACGUACAAUAAAAGGAUUUAGUCAGCUAUGCACUGAAAAGAGAUCAGAGUUGCAUCAAAACGCUGAGGGGGGCUGUGGUCAGGAGUGUAAAGACCCGUGUUUUCAUCAGAGGGUGGGAGGUACGACCUAUUCAGCUCUCAGGGCCGUCGCCAUCCCACAGCACUGUUUAAAAGAUACCACCUGUCAUUUGACACCGCAUUGUUUUGUAAAUAUAUAGAUUAAAAAUGAUAUAAUGCAACUCCUUUUUGUCUUGUGAAUUAUUUUUAUUGCCUUUGUUUCUGCAUCCGGAUGAUAAAAAAACUCAUGUUUUA